GUUGCAAAAGUCGCGUUAAAACAGCUGUAGCAGCCAAGUUUUUAUUUACAAUUUACAAAUUCGUGCGAAAUGGGCGAACGCAAGGGACAAAAUAAAUAUUAUCCGCCCGACUAUGAUCCCAAGAAGGGCGGACUCAAUAAAUUCCAGGGCACCCAUGCCCUGCGGGAGCGCGCCCGGAAGAUUCACCUGGGCAUCAUCAUCAUCCGCUUUGAGAUGCCCUACAAUAUCUGGUGCGACGGCUGCAAGAACCACAUCGGCAUGGGGGUGCGCUACAAUGCGGAGAAGACCAAGGUGGGCAUGUACUACACCACACCGAUCUACAAGUUCCGCAUGAAGUGCCACCUGUGCGACAAUCACUUCGAGAUCCAAACGGAUCCCGGCAACCUUGACUACACCAUCCUAUCGGGGGCGCGACGGCAGGAGAACCGCUGGGAUCCGCUGCAAAAUGAGCAGGUUGUGCCGGAAACGAAGGAGGUACAGAAGCGGCUCUUCGACGACGCCAUGUACAAGCUGGAGCACCAGGCAAAGGAUGCCAAAGCCGCCGCCGACGCCAAGCCUGUGCUCCAGAAGCUGUUUGAGCGCAACCAAAGCGUCUGGGACGACACCUACGAGGCCAACUGCCGCCUUCGGGCCGAAUUCCGGCAUCAAAAGAAGGAAAUAAAGGGCCAGCAGGACCUGGAUCGCCAGCUGCUGGCCAAGAUCAGUCUCGACGUAGCUCUGCUGCCGGAAACAGACCAGGACAGGCAAAUGGCGGCACUGAUGAAGCUUCAAACCAAAUCUGCCAUUGAGCGGGAAUCAGAGCAGCGUCUCGAUCUACUCAUGCGACCGGCAUUGCCAGGAGCCACAGCGACAACCUUCGGGGGCCUCAAGCGGCAAAAGAUUCUCAACGCACAGCUGCAGCUGCAGGAUUUGGGCAUACGGCGGAAGCAAGCGGAGCAGUCCGAAGAAGCCCCGUCUCCCCCUGUAAAGUCGUUGAGUCUGGUGGGCGACUACUCCUCCUCGGAUAAUGACUCGAACAGUUAAUGCACAAUAACUUUAAUACUUUAAUGCUACAAAAUAAAAUAAGAACAACAAUGAC